AGGUUCCUAUAUACUAUCCUAAUCAAUACUAUAUAUAAGAUUAACCGUUACUAUCUCCCCUAUAUUUACGGAGUAAUUUUUACCCUAGAGAGAAUUUUUGUACUAAUUUUUCAAAUAGUCUUUAAUAACGAGAGAGAGGAGGGGUUUAGCUUUUUAACCUAG